AUGGACUACAAGACCAUCACCAAGCAGAUCGAGAUUCAUGUUCUUCAGAGAAUAAUUGGCUGUGAACUGGAGAAAUUUCCUAAUGGAUCAGUGAAUCUGAGAGCCUCUUAUGAAUAUGGAUUUGAUGGAGAGGAUUUUAUUGCCUUUAAAUCUGACACUAUGCAGUGGAUUGAUAAAAACCCCAAAGCUAAAUAAACCAAAAUGAAAUGGGAUCAGCAAACAGGACGCAACAAACUCCUCAAGCACUACCUCAAGACCUGCAUGAACUGGAUCUCCACACUUAAUUGUUCAAAAAGCAAUUCACCAGAUGUAAAUGUCUUUAUGAGGAAAGCUUCCGAUGAUCACAGUAAGCUGGUUCUGAGCUGUCUGGCCACUGGUUUCUACCCCAGAGAUAUUGAGAUGAACAUCAGAUUGGAUGGAAGUAAACUUGAGGGAAAAAUAUCAUCUGAAAUCAGACCAAAUAAUGAUGAAACCUUUCAGAUGAGAACCACUGUGGAGAUUGACAGAAAUCACAAAGGAUCUUAUGACUGUUUUGUCAUUCACAGCAAUCUGACAGAACCAGUUUCAGUAGAAUGGGGUAAAUAA